AUGUUGUCAGAGCCUCCGUCGAAGAGCAAGCCUCAAGCCUCACUCUCCAAGCUUCCAGAGCCCGCUCCUCCGAAGCCGACGUCCCUUUCCACAGAUCCACCCAGCCCCCUGUACACAAUCUUCACAGUACGGGAGAAGCGCCUUCUGACCUUGCUCCUCGGUCUCACCACGAUAACAUCCCCUUUGACGGCAACCAUCUACUUUCCUCUCCUUCCUCUCCUCAGCACCCACUACCACGCCUCUCCUCAAGCAAUCAAUCUUACCAUAACCAUCUACAUCAUCUUUCAAGCCCUGUCCCCCGCCAUCUUCGCCACCCUCUCCGACUCCCUCGGCCGCAGAAUCGUAUAUCUUAUUACUCUUACCCUCUACGUGCUGUCGAACUUGGGCCUCGCACUGGAGCAUAACAGCUAUGCCACCCUCGUGGUCCUGCGGGCCUUUCAAAGCCUCGGAGCCAGCGCCGCUUUCGCAGUCUCUUAUGGCGUCGUUGCGGACGUGUGUGUCCCGGCGGAGCGGGGGAAAAUGGUUGGGCCCGUAAGCAUGGCCUUGAACCUGGGCACUUGUGUGGGGCCUAUCGUUGGGGGUUGGGUUGCGUUCAAGUCGGGAGAUUAUAAUUGGGUCUUCUGGUUCUUGGUUGUCAUCGGCAUAAUACUGCUGGUAGCUGUGGGAGGACUUUUGCCUGAGACGGCGAGGACUGUGGUUGGGAAUGGGAGUGUCAAGACCCAACGAUGGUGGGAGAGGACUUGGCUGUCGUUUCUUCGGGACCGGAGUAAGAGGACGGGGGGAAAUACAGCGAGGAGCGCAGGGAGAGAGGAGGACCCAAAACCAAGGAUGUCGGAUGGGAAUUGCGGGGAGACUGCCCAAAGCAAGAUUAACGCCGCCACCGAAGCAAUGGCUAGGACCGGAAGGACGGUUAAAAUGCUGAAUCCACUGCCUUGUCUACGAGUAAUUUUGUGGAAAGACGCGGCUCUUGUCUUGUGGAUGCAUGCGUCCUACUAUAUGGUCGAUUACAGCAUUCAGACAUCUAUCCCGUCAUCGUUCAAAGACAUCUACCAUUUCAACGAACUUGAAAUCGGGCUCGCAUAUCUCCCACGAGGCAUCGGCAUCAUCUCUGGUGGCUAUGUAAAUGGCAAAUUGAUGGAUCGAAACUAUAGGACCUCAGCAAAAGAGAUAGGACUCACGAUUGACCGAGAGCGCGGUGACGAUCUUCAGCAAUUUCCGAUUGAAAGGGCGAGGACAAGAGGGUCCUGGUAUCUAUUAGCGAUCUUGACAGGCGCUUUGAUUGGAUAUGGAUGGGCCCUCGACCAACGUAGUCACGUGAGUAUUCCUCUCCUGCUUCAGUUCAUUCAAGGAUUCCUUGGUACCUCUAUCUAUACCAUUUUCAAUACUCUUUUGGUGGAUGUGUUUCCAGAGAGUCCUAGCACGGCCGCGGCAGCGGCCUCCAUCUCUCGUUGUGCCCUGGCCGCCUCAGGCGUCGCGGCCGUUCAACCUCUCGUCGGUGUCUUAGGGAGGGGAUGGUAUUUCACGGCCUUGGCCGUGCUCACUGGUGGCGUUGGCUCCGUGGUGAUUUGGCUGAUACGGGAAUGGGGAGCGAAGUGGAGGCACGAGAGGGUAGCGAAGACUACCAGAGCGUGCGGGAAGAACGAUGCUGGAGAAGCGGGUCUGAAAGACCAGGCUAGACUACCCGGUGGGACCAGAGAGGAAAAGCUGUCAAAGGAUGUGGCAGGUGCUGCGACUACUUCCUAA